AUGGUCGGUAGACACGUGAUGGUAUUUGCUCGGAUCUGUGGUAUCCUGGUCUUUAGGAACCAAAUGAGUGAUCCCAGUAGUGAAGAGGCUCGGGAGCAACUGCUGGUUGAGAGCUUCUUGGAACUGUCGGGCGAGCAAAGUGUGACACACCACAAACCCCUUCAGCCAGUAGUGAUGCAGCCCGUCGAGUCCCGGACUUCCGCGCUGGCAGUCUGCCGUACCAUAGGCGCCAAGGUUUCCACGGCUGGACGCGCUACUGGCCAAAGUAGCGCUGUCCCAGCAUGGAGAAAAAGAAUUGAGGAGCGUAUCGCAAAGGCUAGAGCUCUCAUCGGCGGACUGAUAUGCUUCAGAUCAGGCAAUAACAGGCCAAGAAUUGUGCGCACCGUCAGGAUAGCAUUUGCUGGGACAAAUGUCAGUUUGUCCCAGCCCAAAAAGCCAAGGCCAGUCCAGCUCAAAAAGAAUUGA